AUGACGACGGCCGGCGGCUCGACGCUGGACGACGUCUCUCCUCGCACACAGCAGCACCAGCAGCAGCGCGAGGGCUUUCGCCACCACAACAGCGGCAUCGACGAGCGCAUCCGCUCCAGCAGCGGCAGCUUUGCCGUCCCUGGCGAUGACGACGCGUGCAUGUCGAACGACGAGUCUAUGUCCUCGUCUUCCUCGUCCUCGUCCUCCUCCUCCUCUGCCUCGUCGUUUGCCUUAGAGCUGCACGCGGGUCCCAUUCAAGCGCCACCGCACGCACAGCUCGACAGGCAUCGGACCAGUCGCGCGAAUUCGCUCGAGGACUUUGCGCGGCAGCUGCCGUACCAACUGGACACAAGCAGUCGGCUCGCAAGUGGUAUCCCGGGCGUGUCUCCGCAAUGUGCAACGUCGUCGGUCCCCUUUGCUGCCAUUGGGUCAAUGGCCAGUGCCCUGAAGAGCGCACCGUCGCAGCCAAUGUGGCUGUUGACCCAAUUUGCACCGGCCAUGUCCAAGACCAGUAAGAGCGCUGAUCCCAGUGGUGAUAUGGAGGACGACGAGCCCUUUGACGAAGAGACGGAACAACGUCAUGUAGCACAGAUGGCCACUUGCAGCACGACAGGUGACCACAAGAGCGAUCGAGUGGGCAAUCGACGUGUAGCGUGGGCGUCGUCGCUUGCGCACGUGGAGCUGCCGGAAGGCGUGCGGCUGACCUGUGCUCGGAACGAAGUGGCCGGAGUGCAGCUACGACUGAAGUCCAAUGUGCCGUUCGUACUCACGACGGACACGAGCAAUUGGAUGCUGCCGUUGGGUCAUGGACCGAGGGCGCGUGUGGCUGUAGAUACGAGAUUCGUUCCGCCGCAUAUGCUGACAAUCGAAGUGUUUAUAGUGGGGUGUGUCGAAGAUGAGAACGCAGAUCUUGUCAUGGAGACACUGCAACGCACGGGAGUCAGUAGCAAAGCGGCGAGGGAACAUGCAGUGUACUUGCGAAUUCGUGUCGCCGAGAAACUCGAGCCAGGGGUGUACGAAUUGCCCUUGCGCGUGUAUACACAGGACGCAGGGUUUCGAGACGAAGAAGUCACAUGGUCGAGCAGCGUGGUCGUAAGCGUUGUGGAUGUCCAGCUCCCAUCGCCACAGAAUUGGCGCUUUCGAUUGGAUUUAUGGCAGCACUGGACGGCUGUAGCACGUGCACAUUGUGUGGCGUUAUGGAGCGACCGGCACUUUGAACUGAUUGAUCGGUACAUGGCUCCACUCUCGGAAAUGGGGCAGAAGUGUUUGUCGGUCGUAGCCACGGAAAUGCCAUGGGCAGGCCAACAGUGCUACAUGGAAGAGCAAAAUGCGUCCGCGUUGUUUGAACAUGCAAUACUGGAUGUGUAUGAAGACCCAGCACACGGAGUUCCGAUCACAAUAGACUUUACACACUUUGACCGACUGCUGGCGCUAGGAGCUCGUCAUUACUUGGACCAUGAAGUCGAGGUGUUUGGUCUCCUGUCCGUGUGGCGUGACCCAGCGGCAGGAUUCGAUGCUCCAGCUGAGCUAACUGUGCGCCACGUUCAGCCGCCUCCGGUGACAACUGGCCCCACUUCAGACGCGCAUCGUUCAGCGUCUUCAGCAAGUUCGGGACUGACGUGUCCUGCCGUACCAUCUCCGAUUGGCGAUCAACGACCCGAUCAACUCGACCAAGAUCAACAAAACAAACCUGCGUCACCACCGCCUUCUCCAUCGACGUCAACUUCCCAAGCUCCGGCAUUUGUGAUCGACGGCUGGCGCAUCAGGUGCCAAGACCGGACAACGCAGCGCGUCCGCUAUCUGCGUCAAGUUUCUGAAGUCGAGACAUUCAUUGAGCAGUUCUACGCACAUUGUGUAGCGUUGGAGAUUGCGGACCGCGUACGGAUAUGUGCUGAUGAACCCCGCGACGUAGCAGUGUUCCACGAGCAACUGCGCUUUAUGGAACGCCUGGCUCCCAAUUUUCGUCUCAAGCUGGCCGUGAACCACUCGGAGUUUUUCUCGCCUGCUUACGCUCCACCGCAAGUGGCGGAAUACGUGCCUCUCUUACCUCUAGCCUGUGCUGAUCUGGAGGUUACUCGUCGAUUAGCCAAUGAUGCACGUGCUCGCGGAGGGCACGUUUGUUGGUACGUCUGCUGUGGCCCAGCAUUCCCCAACCAGUUUGUGUCGUCGCCACUCGUCGAAGGCGAGCUCGUUGGAUACCUCACAUUUUUCUUCGAGCUAGAUGGUUUCUUGCGAUGGAAUUACUGUCUGUGGCCUGCGCGGCCAUGGGACGAUCUCCGAUGGCGCUCCUCGAUGUGGAAAGUGGGUGACAUGUACUUUGUGCUCCCUGGACAUGACGGGUGGCCCGUCGAGACGCUCCGCCUCGAAUCCAUGCGAUUUGCGGGCCAAGCUUUUGAGCUUCUCGUUCUCGCACAGGAGACGUUAGCUCCAGCCCAGAUGCAACAGCUACAGCGUGCGGUUGCGGAGCAGAUUCUACGAUCGAGCGAUCUGGAGGAGUUUGGCCGAUAUGCCGACCGCGCGCGUGAAGACUUGUACUCGCUCGACCCGCUAGACUACCAGCGCGCCAGGACGAUUAUUUUAAAUACACUGGCCGCUGCAGCAGUCAAGGCUGGCAGGUCAUGA